CCAGCUCCAAGUCCUCAUUAUUUAUAUGAUGGUGUUUUUAAAGAAAUAUGGUACUUCAUAAUUUUGAGUAAAACUCCACAAAUUUAGCUUUAAUUUUACACUUUUGCGCCAUCUUUUUACCCAUGACAUUCAUCACUCAUUUCAUUUAUACUCUUUUUAUACGCUUGUUCCAUACAUCAACAUCAUGUGAGAAUAGAAGAUGUUAUUCAUCACACUACUCUCAAGGUGAAUUUCAUACCUGGUAGGUAACUAGGACGGGGAAGGAUUCGAAGACGAGGAAAAAAGGAGGAUCAUUCGUAAAAAUAAAGAAAUGGAAGAAUGACAAUUAUCUUUGUAUAGGUCACACACUCAGUGGCGUAGCCAGACAUCAAGUCCACUGGGGUCCUUAAAAUUUUACUAACGUAAAUGCUUGUGUACCUAAUGAAUUUUGAGUUAAUCGGGGUCCUUGGUGAGCUAACAUCGUUGAGAGUAUGGGGUCCUAAACUUGAAUUAUCGUACUAAAACCUAUGUAUUUAAAAGGUUUUGUUGCCCAAUUAUUUGCCAAAUGGGGUCCUAGGACCCCUCUCCUCCUUACCUCCCUCCGCCACUGCACAUACUCAAGGGUUUGUCUUAUUCUCGAUUUGACAUUUACAAAGUCUUAGACAAAUUUGAAUUUGUCUAAUGGUUUGAUGGUAUGGUUACUUAUGCCUAGUGCGAGUUAAUGCUUUUUUUUUAUGAAUGAUGUAGGAUUUUAUUGCAAAGACACAUAAUAUGUGUGAAUCAAAUCCACAGUAAGUACAGAGAAAUGUUACAGUGAGUUACAAAACAUAAAUGUUUGGGAGCUAAACUAAAAUCUCAUAACGAAUUAAUAGGUCGUUUGGAAGUUGCGAUAGUUUUGUUGAGAUUGUCAUUAUGCAUGUAUUGUUUACAAUGCAUCGUUUUUUUGUUUUUUUAGCAGAAACAAUACAUGGAUUGUUUCUGUGAUGUGACAGAAACUAUCACUCAUUUUGAGUGAUUGUUAUAUCUCAACUUUUAGUUGUGACUGUUGAGAUAGUUGAGUUGAGAUUGUUUUCUCUUAGCUUUUAGCUGAUGCGACAUACACAAUAACACAUACCAAACGUUGUAUUCUACAAUGCAUCAAAUUCGACAAUACACAUGUAUAAUAUAAUACAUGCAUUCUCAACAAUACAUCUAUUUAACAAUCACAACUUCCAAAUGACCCCUAAGUUUACUAGUUCGCUUGAUUCAAAUGGCAGCUAAUGCUUCAAGGAGGUUGGAAUAAUUUGAGAAGUCUGCGAUCCAUGAAGUACAUUGUAGAAACUUCGCCUAGUGAGUUCAUGUUAAAAACUAUGACUUGAAUCAGACCUUCAAUCGCUACGACUGGAAGUCACGGUGUAUAGGCUCCAUGUUAUUUGGGUUUGGGUUCUGGGCCUGGUUGUAACCUCUUUUCAUUUACCAGAUUGGAUUAGGGUUAGACCUAGUAGAAGUCAUAAAUACUUCUCAUACUCCUCUGUAAUCUGUAUCUCCUCGAAGUAUAGUGAAAACUGGUUCUCUCCUGCCCGUGGAUUAGCUAACAUACAUUGUGUUAGUGAACCACGUAAAUCGUGUGUCUGUUUUCGAUUCUCGCUUACAUAUUCUUCCUUUCUCGAUACCGACGAUUUCCCGAGCUGUAGCAGCGUAGUUAUAUAAAAAAACCUGACAUAGGAAUUUGGUUGACGUGCGGCAAGUAGUUGAAAAAUUGGGAGCCAAUCUCUAUGCGCGGGUAAACGACAUCCUGCACAGUCUGAUUAGCUACAAGACACAUUGUUUUGUUCAUGUGCCCAACUGGUUAUCUACAUGUCUUGUAUAUUAACAACCAGUUAGCUUUUUAGAAGCACGUGUUUGUUUGGCAUAGGCAAAGAGUGGUUUGUUGGUUAGAUUUGAAAAUGAAGAUUUUGAAUAAAAUAAAUAUUAAAAUUUUUCUGGUGGUAUUAUUGUAUUAGGAAUUUGAAGAGUUUAUUGUUUGCAUGAUAGAUUUGAUAUUUGUUACAUAUAUAACUAGUCAUCAAGAAUUUACAAAUCCUGCCUUAAUAUGUGAGAUUUACAACUCCCUGGAGAUCACUAAUUUAGACAUUAAAAAUGAUCAAAUUCAUGGAUUCCACGGAUUUUACUCUCAACAACAAACAAUAAAUUUGGCUAAAAUUCAUCAUCUUUGGGCUUUGGAUCCCAAGUUCAUGACUCAAAUCCAACAAGCAAACAACCUCUAAAAGAUAAUUAAGUUUGGUAGCUUCAAGUAAAUCCACAGAAGAAAAUUAAUCGUAAAAAAAAUUCAUCGAGGAAAUAUGUACGUUGCAAUUCCCUUCUGAUUAGCACCAUAUCCACUCCGAAUUUAUCUACUAAUGGGUUUUAUUGAAGAUGUAGCAAGCUACAUAUUUCUUUGUUCACUUUUUGUGUGACAUUGAGUUAUGGGAAAAACCCUUAGUUACCAAGCCCUUGGUAAUAGACACUCAAUUCUUUAAGAGAAAUUAUAUAACCAUAAGAAAUUAGUGCCAAAGUCAUGCAUACUAAACAAUGGACCAGCAACAUAUAGGUUCUUGUGAAUCUCACAUACACACAACACAUUAUUUAGAUUCAACUUGUUCUCACAGACUCAUGCAUACAUCAUGUUCAAGGUCACCUAAUAACAAAAGUUACUUAGGAGUAAUUUGGAUGAUGAAUGUUAAUGAAUUAAUUUGAGACAAUUGUCUCAUUCAUUCAGAGGUAAUCAGACCAAAUUGACCCGUUUGACACCAAAAAAUUUGGAUGAAGCAAUUUGGCAUCGGAAAUUUUGGAUUAACUCAUUUUGAAAUAAUUAAAAUUGUCUAGGGUGAAGAAAAGUAAUUCGAAUGGACUCACUUUAAGUAGCCCAAUUUGUAAAAUGAGACAAUUAAUCAAAUUAUCUCAUUUUCCAAUUGAUCAAAUCCAAGCCAGUACUAAAAGGCAAGGAUUGUAAAACCGUACCUGAGAUUGCAUCGGAAAAUUUAUGUUGUAACUGUAAUUUAAUCGUGAUUCGACUAUUUCAUACCCCUAAAAUUCAUCUACCGAUUCAAAUUCUGAUAACAGGUUUUUUUCCAGGUUCAACAACCGAUACGAUGCAAUUUUGCGGCAAAAAAAAAACUUUACCUUGGUAGCCAUGGAGGGAUGGGAUUAGAUGCUAACCCUUAUAUGGGUUAGCACCGUGAUAACUAACAAAAAACGCUACUAUUAAUAACGAAAUCACUACGGAUUAUUAUAAAAUCAAUACGACAUCUAAGCUAAAUCACUACUAAUUCAAACUAGUAGUAGUAUUUCUCUUAGUUAGGACGGUGCUAAUUGUAGCACCGUGACUCCUCCCAGCCAUGGAUGAAAAAAGAAAAAGACACACACACAAAAAGCCAAAAGGAAAGACGGUUAUAACAAAACACAGAUUACUCCCUCCUUUCCCAACCACAUUUAAUUAAACCCCUUUCCCCUUCUUCUUCUCCCUCAUUUCUCCCCCACGCUCCCACAUUUUCCUCUUCCGCCCUUCAGUUACUCUGAAAUCUCCGCCUCCAUUAUUGUCUCAAUCCAAAAACCCAAUCCCACAGUUUCCUUCCCCUCCACCACAAUGAGAGACUUCGUGUCCUGCUUCAGCGAAAACGCCAUCAACGUCGCUGCCUCUCAACAAACCCACCACCACUACUCCUUCUCCUGCUCCUCCUCCGCCGCCGCCGCCGCCUCCUCCACCCUACUCGCCGCCACCGCCGCUCCUUCCUCCGAUUCCACCCCUUCCGUCCAAAAUGCCGUCUCUUCCCUCUACCGAAUCACCCUCUCCACCCACAAGAAACCCUUUCACUUAUCCGUCACAUGGGCCGCGGACUGGCUCACCAUCUCCUCCGGCCAAUCAUCCACCUUCAAGCUCAACACCAGCUCCGGCCUCUUCCGCAAGAAGAAGGGCUGCCGGUCAAUUGAAGCCGCCGGCGGCGGCCCCGAUUCCAAAUUCGAUGUCUACUGGGAUCUCUCCUCCGCCCGCUACGAAGCCGCCGGCCCGGAGCCCCUCGACGGAUUCUACGUCGUCGUGUUGGUCGAUUCCGAAAUUGUCCUCAUCCUCGGCGAUUUGGCCGACGAAUCCACCGUUUUGCCCAAGAAAUUGCUGAGGACGGCGGCGCCGGCCUCCGCCGCGAAAUCGAGCUUGAUUUCGCGGCAGGAGCAUUGUUCGGGGAGCACUCUGUACUCGACUAAAGCUCAAUUCUGCGAGACAGGGGGGCAGCACGAUAUCCUGAUUAAAUGCAGCGGCGGCGACGGAGGGGAGAAGGAAGGGGUGAAACAGAGGAACCACCACCCUGUUUUGUCAGUUUGUAUUGAUAAGAAGGUUGUAAUUCGGGUGAAGAGAUUGCAGUGGAAUUUCAGGGGGAACCAGACGAUUUUCGUCGAUGGGUUGCUGGUGGAUCUGAUGUGGGACGUACAUGACUGGUUUUUUAACCCGGCGGCGGCGACGGCGACGGCGGCGGUGUUUAUGUUCCGGACGAGGCGUGGGAUGGACAGCCGGCUGUGGCUGGAGGAGAAGUUAGCGCAGAAGGAAGAACAACUUCAGCAGCAGGAAAAACAGCAGCAGAGACUUGAAUUCUCGUUGCUGAUUUACGCCUGUAAGAGCCAUUGAUAUGAGCUUCCAUGGAAGGGGAAAGUUAUUUACUUUUUGACUGGUUUGGGUUUCCCUUUCCCUUUUUGGGUUUUGGGUUCUCUUCUGUUUCUGCUUGGAAGAGAAGGGCCAUAGCUAAUCUGAUGAAAAAAGAACAAUUCUUUGGAUCAUUGUUAGUAAUUUGUAGAUUUGUGGGGAGCUUGAGAUAUGCAGAUUAUGUGAAGAACCUUGACAAUAUCUUUUUUUUCUUCUUCUUCUUCUUCUUCUUUGGUUUGCCAACACAGCAGAAACAGAAUUCCCCUGUUUUUCUUUUUCCCCAACAGAACUGUUCUGUGACUCUGUUUUCAUCUUUGUCAUGUAGCUAGAAAUUUCCUCUGUUUUAUGAGGAUUUGUUGAAGGGAGUUUGUUUGCCACAUUAGACUGCAACUGUGUGCGAUUUCAAUGGCGCUUAUGCCAAGCCUCAUGUCCACUGUAGCAUAAACAAUGUAGUGAGGUAAUAUGAAUGAUUGGUUUAGUUGAAAUUAUGGGGAAAAAGAGAAGAGAGAUGUUACCCAGUUCAGCUUUCAAUGAAGAUUUGAUAAAAAGGAAGCAGAUCUAGAUGAAGAUUUCGACCCUCACCCACAUUACACUCUACAAUUCCAUCCCAUCCCAGAGAUACACUUGUGCCCUCUCUGCUUCUUAUUCUGCAGCAGGCAUUGGGAAAUUGCAGGUUUUGUUCUUUAGCCAAUGUGAAAUUUGAAUCAGUUGCUCUCAAACAAAAACAAAAUCCCAAAGACUCUUUUGGUUGCUUCUAUAUCAACAUUCCCAACCGUCACAAUCGUUCUUAUAUACGUAUGGAUUGUGCGAUCCUGCCUAUGGCGAUCCGAUCAUCCACUAAGGCGCUUUCUGUCACGCACAUCUCAAGACGAAGAAAUUCGAAACAAUCGCAACACAGCUACAGCCAGAGUCAAACUGGGUGCCAGAUUGAUCCAAAAAAAGGGGCAGCAGAAUCAAUACUUCCCACUAAUGAAGAAAACAUCACUACUUGCCUCUGGUUCUGCACUUGUCUUUCUCAUUCAAGUGGUAGAGAGAAAAUGAUGUCCAUGGUCCCCCAGACAGAUUUCAAGUUGUGGUUCCCUCAUUUGGCCCACUGUUGUUUAGGGUUUGAUUAGGAAACCAGAGAGUGGCUAGUUUUGUAGCUUCAUUCACACACACACACACUCUCUGCUACUGUAAGUACCCAAAUUAUGGAGGAAGAACAUAAAAAGACCUAGACAAUUAUGCUGCUUUCUUUCUAAGUCCUCCCUCUUCAUUUCGUUUGCACAUGAGAUUGUUUAACGUGUAGUAUACUCACAAGUCACAAGGUUGAACUUUAAGGUACACUUUUUUCCAGGGUUAUGGGUACAAUGAUUAACAAAACCGAACCAGAGUGACUGCUUUUGGUUUCUCCUUUCUUUUCCUUUUAGGGUUCAUAGGUCUAUUGUCCGAUCUUCCAGGUACUGGACACGUAUCCUUAACUUUAGUUAAUGGGUUUGAUCAGCAAUUUAUUGUUUUCCCCCAUGCUCUGUUUUUCUUGGGUGGAAGGGAUGCUCUGUUUUUAUUCGGUACAGACUACAGAGUAUCAUUACAACAAGGGUUAGUGGUGACUCGACUCCCCUGAGUUUGGGUGAUUAGGUUUCUUCCUCUGUUAAGCCUGCAAUUUCACUAUAUCGGAAUCGAAAAAAAUAUCUCGUUGGAUGCAUGUAGUGUGGUGUUUAUAAACAACAUUAAUACGAUAAUAUUUAGCGACUGAAAUCAGACUUCGUUAUCAACUGGGACCUCUAAGGUGUGAGGAAGUGGCUAAAAUCCAUACAUGAGCAUCUACGACAACUCGAAAUUUGUUGGGACUAGUUGGUUUAUGAUAUGGUAUCAUAGCUAGUUUGCCGUCUGAUGUCACGUAUUCAAGUCCUCACGACCUCCGAUAUUUUAAUCGUUUUCUUAAAACACACCGUACAACUUGUCUGCGCAAGUUUCAACCCCAUGAGUUGACUUUUGUUUUGAGAGGACGUGCGAGAAAUUGUUAAAAUUUUAUACAUAAAUCUCUCCCAACAAUUUCGACCUAUUAGAACCAGUUGGUUUAUCAAACCGCUAUUAGAAUGUUUAUUGCUUUUAUUUUUCUUAACCAACCUAUAGUCAAGUAAAUUGCAAAUGGAAAGACUGGUAGCUAGCAGUUUUCAAACUUCACCCAACUCCCCUUUCUGAAUUUCAAAGUCCUUGAAAUCUCUAGACUUCAAUUCAAUUUCUUCCUUGGUCUUGAACCCAAAUCAGGAUUCCUACGGCUGCUGUUUGAAUUUCAAAUCCUCAUGCCGGUCCAAAAUCACUCUUUUUUUGGUCCCUUAAUUUCCUUGUAUUGUGGUAGUAGGUGAAGAGGAACUUGACACCAACAAAUCAGUUGAUUAUAAUUAAUCGAAACUCGAGUCAAAUGCGGGUUUAGCCAUUGAUCAUCUUCCAACCUUUCCCUUUCAUGCUUAGUAAUCCUCCAAAGCUUGUCAUUAUCCGAUUCUCAAAGUCCAACACUUUCCAUUCAUGAGUGGAGCAAGGGAGCUAGCCUUACAACCUACCCGCUAUUCUAUUUCCCUGUGACAAACUUGUAACUCAAGCUUGAAAUAUAACUUAACAUAAUGA